CAGAACUAAACACCUAGACCGGAUACCUAAACUGGACACCUGGACUGGAUACCUAAACUAGACACCAGAACUAAACACUUGGACUGGAUACCUAAACUAAAUACCAGAACUAAACAACUUGACCGGAUACCUAAACUAGACACCAGAACUAAACACCUAGACCGGAUACCUAAACUAGACACCUGGACCGGAUACCUGGACUAGACACUUGGACGGAUACCUGGCCCAGAUACCCGAACUAGACACCACAUCAUUCCUUUAAGAUUUCAACCGACCAUGGAUUUCUUGUGUGGCAAGUUAUGGAUGUCGUUCAUCAUUCUACCUGUUACAGCCGGGAAUUAUCGAAGACGUCCGAAUGGUUACCGGUAUUAUGAUUGUUCAAUAUCAUCUCGUGUCCUCAUUCUGAUAUUUUUUGCGUUAGUUAUUGGAUUGACCGUCAGUAAUCGAUUACCCACACACGCGGAGACCCGCUUCGUCGUCGUUCUCAUCCUACUGUCGAUGAUAAUGAUUUGUGGUAUAAUCAUCGUCUGUUCCCUGGGAUGCUUAGUAAGGAGACAUGGUCUUCAUUCCGUUGUUACGACUAAGAGACACGCCCACACUAGAAAACUACAGAUGAUAUUCAUAUGGAUUUUCGGUCUGUCGUCGGCAUUAUAUUGCGUUUUGUUCGUUGGGAAACAGAUCGAGUGUUUAAACACACACGGUGGACUAUGUUGGAAUGUCUUAUUUUGUUUCAACAUUAUACUCAUCCUGUCCUUGUUUAUGGAUAUCAUUUUUAUUUCAUAUUUUUCUCCGUACGAACUGAAACAUAGCACGGCAAUAAAUUACGCCAUGUUUUUGCUUAUAACUGCCAAUAUAUCAGUUAUCUUGUACAUUUAUCUGAUGAAAAACACAUUCUUGUAUUUGAUGGAAAUGAACCAUGGGAGCCAAUUAAGGCAUUGCUUGGAAAACAAUAGCACCAUGACUGUUCUUCUGCAUACAGCUAAACCCUUUGUAGAUCCAACUUUUGUCGAGUUUGCGCUUCUGUCCAUUACAAUACUUCUUGAGAUUUGGUCUCCCAAACAAGCAUAUAACUCCGAUAACGGAUUAUCAGCGUACACGGAAACAAAUUUCGGAGCGGAAUCACAGCCCCUUCUCAAUUCCGUGAGGGUAACCGAACCCCAAUAUUCUGAAAUCAGAGGCAGAAGAACAUUACACCAAAUGGUUUCCCUGGCAGUGAGUAUAACGGUAGGCCUGGGACUGAUAGCCUGUUAUGUUAUCAUUACGUUGGGUAUAGGAGAUGGAUACAGAAUACAGUACCUCGUCCAGAUAUAUGAACUAACGAUGAAAACUACGAUGAUUGUAGCAACCUUUGUUGGUUUCUUUUGUUUGGUACAGUACUGUACUCCUGACGAAUCGACCAAAGGUCUCAAGUCCCGGGACUAUGUCUACUUACUGUCCGCGUUUGGAUUAUUCAUGAGUCAUAUCUGGAAAGCGAUUGGUGCUGACGUAUCUCCUGACCAAAAUGCAAAACUGAUUUUCUUCACCAAUGUCUUCAGUACAUUCCAGGAUUACCUUCAAGUUGUGUUUCUCCUUUACGCUAACCGGUGUAAAAAAUCUGAUCCUCGGUCUAACGUCAAUCUGCUUGAAUCAAUUCUGAUAUUCAUCAUGAUAAGUAACUUUGUUUUCUGGUUUACGGAUAGCUUUUUCAUAUCUACUGCGCAUACCAUGAAACACGAUCAUCUCCCCAAAGAAUUACUGAGGUUUGUGCAUGAUAUCUUCCUUCCAAUGUGUAUCUUCUUUAGAUUCACGUCAUUUUUGGAAUAUUAUACAACAUUCGGAAAGUUUAAUUCAUAGACAUUUAGAGAGUGCACCUUGUCCCAUAUUAACGGUUCGGACAACAUUCCAUUUUUGUCCAAUUCAAGAUAAAAUCUAUCUUCGACACAAAUUUUAAACACCUGUGUGAAAUUAACGCCUGUUUAACCUUUCAAAAACAAAAUAUGGGCAUGCACAUAUGUAUCAUUGUGACCUUUCUGUACCAGACUGGGACAGACGGUGAUGUAUCAUUAUAAUGUAACCUUACCUGUACCAGACUGGGACAGACAGUGAUGUAUUAUUAUUAUGUAACCUUACCUGUACCAGACUGGGACCGCUGGGACAGACAGUGAUGUAUUAUUAUUAUGUAACCUUACCUGUACCAGACUUGGACAGACAGUGAUGUAACAUUAUAAUGUAACCUUACCUGUACCAGACUGGGACAGACAGACGUGGCAUUUCCUGUACCAGACUGGGACAGACAUAGAUGUAUCAUUAUAAUGUAACCUUACCUGUACCAGACUCGGACAGACGGUGAUGUAUCUUAUAAUGUAACCUUACCUGUACCAGACUGGGACAGACAGAGAUGUAUCAUUAUAAUGUAACCUUACCUGUACCAGACUGGGACAGACAGACGUGGCAUUUCCUGUACCAGACUGGGACAGACAGACGUGGCAUUUCCUGUACCAGACUGGGACAGACAGGCAUGGCAUUUCCUGUACCAGACUGGGAUAGACAGUGAUGUAUCAUUAUAAUGUAACCUUACCUGUACCAGACUGGGACAGACAGACGUGGCAUUUCCUGUACCAGACUGGGACAAACAGGCGUGGCAUUUCCUGUACCAGACUGGGAUAGACAGUGAUGUAUCAUUAUAAUGUAACCUUACCUGUACCAGACUGGGACAGACAGACGUGGUAUUUCCUUUACCAGACUGGGACAAACAGGCGUGGCAUUUCCUGUACCAGACUGGGAUAGACAGUGAUGUAUCAUUAUAAUGUAACCUUACCUGUACCAGACUGGGACAGACAGACGUGGUAUUUCCUUUACCAGACUGGAACAGACAGUGAUGUAUCAUUAUAAUGAAGCCUUACCUGUACCAGACUGGGACAGACAGUGAUGUAUCAUUAUAAUGUAACCUUACCUGUACCAGAAUGGGACAGACAGAGAUAUAACAUUAUAAUGUAACCUUACCUGUACCAGACUGGGACAUUACUGGAAUGUAACAUUAUGAUUUCUCGCACCUCAGACAGGGAAAUCUCACGUGAUACCCAUUGCUAGAUUUGUCUAUCUCGUCCGAUCUGUCUGGUACCUUUACGUGAGUUUUGGCGGAAUUUUAACCCAUUCAUGUAUUCAUCCGCGCAAGUUAACCAAUAUUAUUAGAAAUAUGUGCAUUUAAACUGUUUUUGUCAUGUAUUUAAUUACUAUGCAUUGUUUGGUUGGUUGUUUUUUUAUUAUUAAAAUAAUAUGUACCGAU